CUCUGUAUUUCUCAGAACUAAAAUCUCUCUAUAUGACAAAAAUUCCCAACAUGACGACACUCAACCAGCUGUUUGAUCUGCCGGGGCAGGUUUGCCAUGUCCAGUGUGGUUUUUGCACCACUAUUUUGCUGGUGAGUGUACCGUUCACGAGCCUGUCAAUGGUGGUGACUGUGAGAUGUGGGCAUUGCACAAGCCUUCUCUCUGUUAAUUUGAUGAAGGCUUCCUUCAUUCCUCUUCAUCUCCUCACGUCUCUCUCUCAUAUGGAUGAGAAGGGGAACGAGGAGGUUGCAGCUACAACAGAUGGUGGUGUGGAAGAAGAAGCGUGGAAGGUGAAUCAGGAGAAGGAGAACAGUCCAGCGACUUUGGUUACAUCUUCAGACAGUGAAGAUGAAGAUAGAGAUGUUUCUCGUGUUUACCAAGUUGUCAACAAACCACCUGAGAAACGACAACGAGCUCCUUCCGCUUACAAUUGCUUCAUCAAGGAAGAGAUCAGGAGGUUAAAGGCUCAGAAUCCAAGCAUGGCUCACAAAGAAGCUUUCAGCUUAGCUGCCAAAAAUUGGGCCAAUUUCCCUCCAGUGCAAAACAGGAGAGCUGCCUCGGAUCAAUGUUUUUGCGAAGAUGACAACAAUGCACUACUAUCAUGCAACGUUCUCGGGGACCAUGACGAGCGCAAUAAUGGAUUCCGAGAGAGAAAGGCCCAAAGGCAUUCCAUUUGGGGAAAAUCUCCAUUUGAUUAAUAACAAUUUGGCAAAUGAAAUGUGAUGGUGACUAUCUUCUUCUAUCUAGGAUUUGAUUUUGUUGUUUUUAAGGUUCUUGUUGUUGGAGAGAGAAGGGAGGGUAAGGAUCUGAAACUUACGUAAGCUUUGGGUAUUCGAGGAGAGUCUUGCGAAUGAUCAGCGAGAUCAGUAUUUUUGUACUUCUUAGCUUUGAACUUAAUUUGAACAGACACUGACUCUAUAU